ACGAUGCGCUUGCGCGGAUUGUCUGCAGCUCGUCUGCUCUCCGCUUUCAUUCGACUGUCCCUUACUGAUUUUUUGUGUUUAUGGAUUCUGCAAAUUAUCUCAAAGGAAUGUGAUAUUUUCUUAAUAGAGAUAAAACAGCAGCAACCAUUGUCUGUCAAAUAGAGCUAGAAUAGUUGUAUCCUGUUAUAAGAGAAUAACUACAAUUACUAUACUGAAGUUUUCUGAAGUUCCAGCUCGCUAGCUAACGUUAUCGUUCGGGCUGGGUGUGGACUGCCAAUGGCGUGUGUAGAGACAUCAGGUAGCUAGAUGACAGAGUAGGAGAGGUCCUGCUGAAAAGAGUGAUGCAGGAGCAGCUGGAUGAGGUGUUGUCAUCAGAAGUCCCGGUAGUGGUCUCCACAGAAACCCAGGAAUUGGAGAGUGAGCAGGAGCAGAAGAUGGUGUUACAGCUGGCUGUGAUGAUACGUACCAUCGGAGACGCCUUCAAGGAGAACAGGGAGCUGGACGACAACAGUGUGAUAGAUGGAAUGGUGGGGCAAAUGACCAGCAAGCCCAGCUACUGGAAGUUGGUAGAAAAGGUAUUUGAGGACGGUCAAAUCACCUGGGAGAGAAUUGCUGUGCUGUUCUACGUAGCAGGGAGGAUAGCUGUCAAGGUGGUGAUUGCUAACCUCCCCGAGUUAGUGAAGGACAUUCUGAAGUGGACUCUGGAGUACUUCAGAGGCAAAUUACUGGACUGGAUCCAGAAACAUGGAGGAUGGAUGAACAGUUUCGCUGAGCUGGCACGUGUACAGGUGGAGAGGAUAUCCUCUAUGAGCGCCCGGUCCUCAGGGCUCAUCCUGGUCUUCCUCGGAGGUGUCAUAAUGGGUAGUGUUAUCACCUGGAAACUGGCCAGGAGGACCUGACACACACACACAUACACAGUCCCACUCCGGUUCAAACGCAAUUGUUUGACAUGACAUGCAAACGUGUGGGCGUGCACACACACACACAAAUACAUUUGUUUACCUAGUCUAUGUAUUAUUAGUUACCAAACCUUCUGGUUUACUCCGGAUAAAUAAGAUGACCAGAUGCUGCUGGAAGUGGUGUUGGAGAGCCAGUUGGAGGCACUUUUUCCUCUGGUCUAAAAAAAAUAUAUCCCAAUGUCCCAGUGCAAAGAUUGGGGACAUUGCCCUCUGUCGGGUGCCGUCUUUUGGAUGGGACGUUAAAACAGGUGUCCUGACUCUCUGUGGUUAAUAAAGAUCACAUGGCACUUAUCGUAAGAGUAGGGGUGUUAACCCCGGUGUCCUGGCUAAAUUAAUCUGGCCCUCAUACCAUCAUCGCCACCUAAUCAUCCCCAGCUUCUAAUUGGCUCAUUAAUCCCUCUUCCCUGUAACUAUUCCCUAGAUCGUUGCUGUAAAUGAGAAUGUGUUCUCAGUCAAUUUACCUCAAUUUAAAUCAAAUUAAACUCCUUUUUAUCAGUGCCUUCAGAAAGUAUUCACACCCCUUGACUUUUUCCAAAUUCUGUUGUUACAAAGUGGGAUUAAAAUGGAUUUCAUAUUUUUUUUUGUCAACGUUCUACACAAAAUACUCUUAUUACAUCUCUGCACUUAGAAAAAGACAGCCAUCUGCACUGCUAUUUUAGUUUUCAGUUAAUCUGAUUGAUUAUUCUCUCAUUGAUUUCAUGUACUUAUCUCAGCAAUUUGAGGGUUUUCUGUAUAGUUAUCUAAUGUUGGUGUGGCAUAUUAUUCUGUUUUAAUGUUACUCUUGAAUCACAAAAAAUCUUCUUAAAUACUAUUGUUGCUCACAUAACAAAAGGGUUGAAUACUUAUUGACUCAAGACAUUUUUAAUUCAUUUGUAAAAAAAAAUCUAAAAACAUAAUUCUACUUUGACACAAAAUCUCAAUGUAAUCCAUUUUAAAUUCAGGCUGUAACUCAAAGGGAUGUGAAUACGUUCUGAGGGCACUGUAUAUAUUGACCUACAGUAAUGAAACCAAAGUGUUGGGGCAGAGCUCAGUACAUUUUGUGUCACUACCCUUACGGGAAAAAAACAUGAAUUUCACGUGUUUAACAUGUGAUCUUAUGGGAAGUUAAUGUGACAUGUAAAAGCAACAUGUGAUAAUAUGAAAUUGCACAUUUGCAAAAUUUCAACAUGUGAUACCAUGAAAUACACCUCACAACAUUUGAACGUUUUUCACAUGUGAAAGUCAAAAUUUGAUUUUCACAUGUGAAACUGCAAUUCACAUGUGAGGUGAAAACAUGUUAUUCUCACAUGUGAAAGGUGGUGUUAACAUGUGAACUCUGUAUUGAAUACAUGUGAACAAAUGGUUUCACAUGUGAACAACUGACCUCGCAUGUGUCACUUUUUGUUUUCAAAGGUGAAAAUUUCACUCAACAUGUGAACAGUUAUUUCACGUGUAUAUACGAUUUCAAAUGUGAAAAUGUGAUUUUUACAUGUGAAACUGCAAAUAAAAUAAAAAUGUAUGUCAUCACAUGAAGUGUUCCAAAACCACAUGGUUUCAAAUGAUUUCACAUGUGAAAUAAAAUGUUACAUGUGGAAAUUUCACAUGUGAAAUCAUGUGGUUUUUCCCGUAAGGGUAUAUCAUCAUGUUUGUUGGUAUCCUGCUAGAUUAGGGUAUCUGCCUGAAAUGAGAAACCAGUGUAAGCCUAGCAGACAGCCAAUCAUGUUAUGUGAUUGUUUUUCUACAGAAAGGUCAUAUUAUUUUUCAAUACAAUAUUUUACAGAAAUAACACAUGAAUACCGAUUUGAUAUUUUUUAAGUUUAUGAAAAUGUAGGAAAAUUGUAUUUUGAAUAAAAAACAUUUGGGAUGUUUGACUUGAAUGUAAUGUAUUAAAUGUGCCAUUUUAUUAGGAUGAAUAAAUACAUGAGUUGAAGAUGA